GCAUUAAAAUAUUUCCCCCUUUCUCUCCACCUGUAACUACUACUAGCAGAAUAACAUCGUCAGCGGCCAGCCAUUGUCGUGAGAUGUGAAGAUUUUUUUCGUGAAAGAUCAAGAUCAAAAAUUGGAGAAAUUACAAAUUGCAGAAAUGCAUACAAUCCCGGAAUUGGGUACCAGUGUACCAGCGUUCCUUGCCAAACUUUGGAAGUUGGUCGAAGAUUCUGAUACUGACGACCUUAUUUGUUGGUCACCUAAUGGAAGGAGUUUUUUCAUUAGAAAUCAGGCACAAUUUGCCAGAGAAUUAUUGCCACAUUACUACAAACACAAUAACAUGGCCAGUUUUAUCAGGCAGUUGAAUAUGUAUGGUUUUCACAAGAAAGUUUCUGUAGAAUUUGGUGGUUUAAAAUGUGAUAAGGAUGAAAUGGAAUUCGCACAUCAAUUCUUCUGUAAAGGUCAUCCAUAUCUUGUAGAACAUAUUAAAAGAAAAAUUGCCUCUAAUAAAGGACAAGAUCCAGCACUUACUCCUAUUAAACCAGAACUAAUGAAUAAAAUGCUUACUGAAGUAAGAAGCAUGAGAGGUCGUCAAGAACAUUUAGAUUCAAGACUUGGAGCCAUGAAAAGAGAAAAUGAAGCACUGUGGCGAGAACUAGCAAUGCUUAGACAGAAGCACCUUAAACAACAGCAAAUUGUUAAUAAACUUAUACACUUUUUAGUUACAUUGGUACAGCCUUCCAGAAGUGGUGGUCUCUCUGUUAAAAGAAGAUAUCCACUAAUGAUCGACGACUCUAACCGUCAACGUAACAAACAGGCGAAAUUAUCAAAGUCACAAACAUCACCAGCGGGUCCUGUAAUUCACGAACUUGAUUCAUCAGAACCGGAUCUAGAUUCGGAAUAUAUUGUUGCAGAAAUGUUGGAAGGACAUCCAAACCCAGCUAUUGAAAGUCCAGAGCAUAAUAACACUUCAAUAAUGGAAGACAAUAAUAUGGAAACAAUUCAUUUAGUUGAUGAUCCUCUUCACUUACCAGAUGAUAUACAACUUAUUAAUUCUCAAGAAACUGAAACAAAGAAAAAACGUGGAUGUAAGGGUAAGAAGAAGAGGAAAAACAAGGUGCCGGUCAAAAUUUUGAUCCCAUCGACGGAGGAUGGAGAGGAACCAAGGGAAGAAACACAUUUGCUUGAGAUACCAUUAGACGCUGAACCGGUGAUCGCUUUACUGAAAGAUAAACCAGCCUCAAAGGCAGUGCCUCUGUCAACUAUGCGUAGUCCAAAGCUCGCAGCAAUGGCAGCUAAUAUGAACAAAGUCACUAAUGUAAAGUCUGAGCUCGAUUUGGGUACUUCAACAGAUAUAGAGGAAGAUGUUCAGGAGAAUAAUCCAACCCUGGUAAAACUCGAAGAUAUUUUAAUAGUACCAGAAAUAAUCAACGAGGAUGUUGAAACCGAAAAUGUCGAGUUUAGUGAAAACAAUACCAAUUCUGAAAGCAAUGAAACCAAUGCCACUUUCAAUCAACUUGACAAAGUAGAUGAUAACGUUGAACAGAAUAACGAAAAAAAUUCUUAUACAAAUGGUGCUCAGAAAUGUUUGGAGCAGGGCAAAGACAACUGCAAUGGAGCAGGGACAAGCAAUUCAAAAGAUUUGUCAUUGAGUUGCAUCAUUCCCUCGGGCAUGUCUGAUGCUGCUUACAGGUUAGGAUCAAUGGAGGAAAUGGAUAAUCACCUCGAAACAAUGCAAACAGAAUUGGACAAUCUCCGCGAUAUUCUACGAUGCGAGGGUUAUAGUAUCGAUGCAAAUACGCUUCUUGGUUUAUUUGGAGCAGAUGAUCCAAUGUCAUUUGGUAUGCCAGUUAAUCCAGAGUUGAACCCACAAUCUGAAAAAGAAGAGGAAAAUCAUGCUAAUGUUGCAGAAAAUAAUAAUGGAACUGGUGGUGGUGAACUUAUGGCAUAUAAUCCUGCUCAAAACUUCUUAGAUUUCGACGAUGACAUUUUCUUGGAGGCCACAUCUCCUCCAACUAGCACAGCAGGUGGCGAUACAGCUAUAAUCAAUCUUUAUAGCUCGGAUUCUCUCGAUUUGGAGGAUAGCAAAUUUUCAUUUCUGAAUUCCUUAACAAAUGAUGUGAACACUUCAUCAUAAAGUCUCAUUCCUAUGCUUUGGAAGAAAGACUGCUGGAUUUUUAAUCACCUUAUUGGUAAUGUCUUCGUUUUAAUUAGUGAAUAUGAUGCUACGGUAAACCCUGUAACAAGUUUAGUAUGAAGGGGAUGAUGUAAAGAAUUGAAGAGGUACACACAGUGGUUCAUGCUUAAAAUUCCUUGAAGAAGGAAAUAAAAAAUCAAACGAUAUAAAUCUAUAAAUCGGAAGAAACAAUUUAUCUUCGUGUUGAUGAGGAUAGGUACUAAACAAAUAAAAACGUAUUCUACGAACUAUCAUUGAAAGAAUAUAUAGCGUAAAAAAAGCAAAAGCAAAUAUGCGCGUAUCGUGUAUGUAUCGACAAAGGGCUGUAAUUUCCAGUUUCACCGACUUGUACAUAAUUAUGCAGAAUUCUGCAUUGAUAAAAAAUAUAGAAUGUUUCCUAAAAAUGUCCAUUACCUGAAAAAUAACAAUUUUUUUACAUGUGUAUGUAAUGCACAGUAUUAGAUUAUAAAUGAAUUAAUUCUAUGUUGAGCGGCAUAUAUGCUAAAAGGUGCACAGAUGUAUAUAUAUACAAAUCUAUACAUAUAUAUAUGCAGAAAGUGAGCAUGUUAAAGGUAUAAAAUUUGUUUAAUAAUGUCAGUCUAUUUUUUCGUAAACGUCUUUUUAUUGUGGUAUAAGGUUUAAACAAACCUAAAAUGUUGAAACAAAGUUUAAACAAAGUUAAAGGUGAUAGUACAACCUAAGAUUUCAGUGUCUAGUUCCACUAUCACUCCCGUUGUUGUGUAAAAGAUUUUUCUUUACUUUUAAUCAACACUUUUUCAUAUAUUUAAUCUUCUAGAUUUCCUUUUUUCAAUCCUGCCUUUUAAUUUUAUUUUUCUAAUUUUUGUUUUGAGUGUGUUAAAGGCUAUGUGAAAGUAAUACUAUUGAUAAGAAUAUCUAAUUAAUUUUGUAAAUGAAUUUGAUCAUAGAGCAUGAAUAAGUAAGUAGGGUGUUAAGUAAUUAUUUAGAAUAUUUAUGGAAUCAAGAUACUUAACUAAAUAAUUAAUCCAUAUUUUUGUUGUAUAAAUCAAAAACAUUUUUUUUAUUUUCAUUGUGAAAUAAAAAUUAUGUUCAUUCACACGUACAAUUACUUGUAUGCAGUAGAUAGUUCAAACCAAUAAAUGUCUUUCACCAAACACUGAAAUCUUAAUGUUGAAUCUUUACAAAAUAGAUUGAGUUUGUGUAUAUCAGAAAAUAAUAUAAACAGAAUAGUACACUGUAAUCUUUGUUAGAUUAACAUGUUAUUUUAAUUUAGUAAUAAGUAGAUUUUUUUAUAUUCAUUUGUGAAGAAAAACACCAUAUAUUACAAAUUCAUAAAAAACUUAACAUAUGUUAUAUAAUUCCAUAUACAGUGAAGUGUCAACCAUACAUUUAUAUAGUUUACUUUUCUUUACAUAUUACAAUAUUUCAACCUUACAAAUAUUUCAACACACUUCAUAAUUUCUUAGAUUUAACUCAUUUAAAUUACUUAUCUAUGUGUUAACAUUACUUUUAUUAUGUAAUUAUUAAGCGUCUGUUAAUUAAUUUACAAUGCAAUAUGUGAACAACUUAAAAAACCUUUUUGUUCAAAAUAUUUAUUAAAGAAAAUUGUUAUUGAUCUUCUAUGGGCUAACUGUUAAUUUUUUUUUCUAUUAAUCUAAUAGAAAGUCAUUAGUUUCAAACGAUUAACUCAAAUUAUAUCAAUUUGUUUUAUCAUUUGAUUAUUAAGUGUAUGUACACUUUAAAGAAUAUUUAACCAAACGAUUAUUCACUUACUCAUGGAAGAUCAAACUACAAGAGUGUAACAAAAUCAAAAUAAUGUAUCAUGUACAAAAGUAUAGUUGAUACUACACACUUGUAGAUAUCCAAUUUUGUGAUACAUUAAAGUUUUGUACAAAAAGGUAGGGCUGAUUAAAAACAGGUGACAAUUCCUCCUUUCCCGGUUAUAAAUUGCAUGUUUUGCUAUUAAUUAUAAAAAUACCA